UCUUACUGGCGGGCGCCAAAACAGCGCAGAAGAUGAGGCCAAACAAGGGAGGAGGAGGAGGGAGGAGGAGGAGGAGCUAUCCAUCUCCUUCCAGGGACCCACCUUUCAACUCAUCUGGGUUCGAACCAGGUCCAUCUGGGUCUAGACUCUCUCCCUCUAGAGCCUCUGUUCUCGACCGUGGGCUCGUAACCGAAGAGGACUUUACUGUCUUCGAUAACCUUCAAAUCGACCCAAAUCCCAGAAGCUUUCCAUACAGUGUGAAGCAACAAUGCUGGGACAAAGCCGACAAGGUCAAAGGUCGAGACCCAGAUCGAUGGCGCAGAGACAAUCUCGGCAACAUUUUGUUCCGGAAGCUCGUGGGUUGUCCCGGUUGUCUCUGUCAUGACUAUGACCACAUUGUUCCUUACUCUAAGGCGACAGUUAAUCGAUCAAAGGGAAAUCGAACCGAGAUAUCCAAAGCCGAUCUUAUCCAGAAAAGUUCAUAUUGCAGGGUUUCAGGUCGUGACAUGGAUCUUCUGGAACUGUCAGCAUAUGGCAAUGUCCGACGAGGACAAGACUCUGGAGGAUGCAACAUUCAGUGAUAUGCUGCUCUUCAUGGCUGGCAAUUUACAUGUUGUCAAACUUUAGAUGGAGAAUUUCAAAAGCUGUACUCGAAAUUCGAAUCUUUCGGCUAGUUAAAAAUAGCUGUCUUUAUUGUAUUUGCUUCAUGACAAUUGUAUGGAAAACCUCAUUUAGAGUAAACAAUCAGCUUCUACUCUCUCUCUCUCUCUCUCUCUCUCUCUCCAUUUGAGGGUAUACAACACAAACUUUUAAGCAUGCCUAUAUUUGGGAGAAAUGUAGCUGACUAAGCUCACUGAUCUCUAUUUAAUGGUGGCAUAUUACAAAAAA